UCUGUAUAUAAAUAGCCCAUCUUUCCUCAUGAAUCUCCCCUCUGCAGCAUGGUGUGCCAAUUACUCAAUUCUUUAAUUCUUUCUCUUCUUCUCCGGCGCCACCACCUCCGCCACCCGCCGUAAAAUAUUUUUUUUUUCUUCAAAAAUACUCAAAAAAAAUCAAACAAUGCUUGUCUCUGUUUUCCUCGCUUUGUUUCUUCCUUGCGUCGGAAUGAGCGUUGUUUUCUUAGUCUACAUCUGUUUGCUCUGGUAUGCUGCCGCUUACCAGUCCGGCGGUCCUGGCACCGAAAAUUAUCAUAACGACCCGGUGAAGACGAAUCAGGAAUUGGGUCUUUCCGCUGCUCAAUUAGAUAAACUCCCGAAAAUUACCGGGAAGGAAUUGGUAAUGGGUAAUGAUUGUGCGGUGUGUUUGGAUGAAAUUGAAAACGAACAAUUUGCUCGUGUUGUUCCGGGUUGUAACCAUGGAUUUCAUCUUGAAUGUGCUGAUACUUGGCUUUCGAAAAAUCCAAUUUGUCCUGUUUGUAGAACUAAGCUAGAGCCGGAUUUCUUUAAUCUGACUGAAAGUAACCCAUGUUGAAGAAAAAAAAUCUGCUGUAAACUUUUUAAAUUAAUUAAAGCAAUUUCUGAUAGAUCUUAGGAGUAGUUUUAGAUGAUGAGUGUUUCAUCGUUUUUAUUUUAUUUAUUUAAUUCUGAAUUUUGGGUGGUGGGUGUUGUUAUGAAAAAUAACUUAAUUCAAUCAAGUACGGUUUCAUGUA